UAACAAAGAAGAUGGCGUCUCGUAGCCAUGUGGAUGUGAAUGAAAGAAGAUUGAGACCUAUUUAUGAUUGUCUAGACAAUGGAAACAACAAGAAGGCAAUUCAAGAGGCAGACAAAGUUUUGAAGAAACAGAAGGAUUUACAGUGUGCAAGAGUACUCAAGGCUCUUGCUUUGCUGAGAUUAGGACGACAUGAUGAGAGUGCUAUACUGCUUAAGGAUAUACAUGCCCAAAACCCUACAGAUGAGGCCACACUUCAGGCUAUGUCUAUCUGCUACCGGGAGGUCUAUAAAUUGGAUCUAAUUGCAGACCUGUAUGAAAAUGCUCACAAGAAUCGGCCAGACAAUGAGGACAUUUUGUCCUCACUGUUCAUGGCUUAUGUCCGCCUCGGAGACUACAAAAAGCAGCAGCAGACAGCUAUGACACUACACAGAUUGCAGCCUCAGAAGAAUCCUUACUACUUCUGGGCUGUUAUGAGUAUUGUGAUGCAGGGUCACCAAGAUGAGAAGUUGGCCAAGGGCAUGUUUCUGCCUCUUGCUGAGCGUAUGACCAAAAAAUAUAUUGAGGAGGAAAAGAUAACAGCUGAAGCAGAGGUACAGAUAUACCUCAUCAUUCUAGAACUUCUUGAGAAGUGGGAAGAUGCUUUAAAAGUAGUUGAGGGGCCACUAGGAGAUAAACUUACAAGUGAAUUCAAUUUCCGAGAAAACAAAACAGCAGAUUUGUAUACAAAAUUGGAGCGAUGGCCACAAGUGAACAGGGAGUACAAGAAACUCCUCAAGGAAAACCCAGAUCACUGGAGUAACUGGCAGGAUUACAUUGGUGCCUGUCUACGACUGGUGGAGGCUAGCUGGACGCCUGAUAAAGACAGUGAGGAGGACAUUGACUACACUGAGAACAUGGUUGCCACCUUUGUUCAGGAAACUAUUAAACAGUGUGAGGGCAAACGCCCUCAGAGGGGUCCUUACCUUGCUCAACUAGAACUCAUCAGGCAGAUGAAAGACAAGAACAGUUGGAAACCAAACCUCUCGGAAAGUGAACAAUUAGGUGACCCAAUGCAAUUACUCCUGCGGUACUACGACCUAUUUGGAGACAAACCAUGCUGUUUUGAGGACAUGAAGUCAUUUACAAAGCUUCUCACAGAGGACAAAGAAACAAAGUUGAUAUCCAUGAUAACAGAAUCUGUUGACUUGCCCAAGCCUGAAGAAUCCCUAGGAUAUGCCUCGAGUGUAAAACAGAUGCAGCGACAUAUAACACUACUGGAGCUGAUGCGAUACAUGGGUUACUACGACAAACUGUCAACCGACGACAGGCUCGUUCUCAUCAAGGAAUACAUACAGCGCUAUCACAACGGUCUAGAUUUCGGUAAGAACCUGUUAUCUACAGACCUCCAGUACAGUGAUAAUUACCUCCUGAUCGCUGUGCUGCUGCUGCUUGACAUCUGGAGAGAGACUAAAAAGGACUACCUGGUGUGGCAGGCAAUAGUACAAUUAGAAAAGGGCAUUAAUAACAGUCGUUCUAAUUUCCACAUGAAGUUGAUAUUGAUGCGGCUGUAUUGUAUUAUGGGGGCUUAUGGACCCUGUCACACUGUGUACGAGUCUAUGGAGGUGAAACAUGUCAUGAACGAUACCCUAGGGCAUACAAUAGCUAACCAUGUUGGACGACUAGGGCACUUUGUGGCAGCAUGUGCUAUGUAUGGAACAAUGCUACGCUUCUUUGCAGUCAACCAUAAAGAGACAGCUGAAUAUUUGAUAGCCUCCUACAAGUAUGGAUCUUUUAGCAAGAUACAUGAGUUUGUGAAGUUCCGGGAGAGACUACAGAAGUCUUUGCAGUACUCUUCUGCCAUGACAGAGAGUAUGCUACUAGACUUGGUGCUGGAAACUUCAAGCCAUAUGAGCACAGAACAGAUGGUGACAUACAUGGAAAUUGAUCCAGAAAAAGAAAAGGAUGGAUAUGAUGAACUCUGUGAUAAUAGGGAUUUCUCAGUGGUGGAAUCCUGGGAACCUCACUCAAGAUGUAAACUUGAAGAGGCUAAACUACAUUCUCGCAAGGAAGAGGUACUAUGGUUAAAGGUGCGGAAGAUAACGUUACGAGUCCUCACAGCCAGUGUCAUGCUCGGUCAACAAAGUGGCAAGUCAGACAGCCACACCAACAAUGGCAUCAAACACGACAAGAAACCCCCUCACGAGGUCCUCACUGAUCUUCUGUCGCAGCUCACCCAACACAUAGACUCUUGUAAGGAGUACUCCACCCCAUAUCAGUACCCAGUCCAUGGUCCAUUUAGGACACAGUUGUGUUUAUAUCUCCGUGAACGACACUGCCAAGCUUUCACUGACAUGGUCAGCAACGUGAUGUAUGUUCAACACCUACACAACAAUGGCCUAGAUAAAUUAGACAACGAAAAAGAAGAAAAAUUAAGAACGUCUGUACCAGAUUUAAUCAGUGGUUUAAUAUCCAAACAUAAAGGUAGUCUGGUAGUAGAUGGAGAGAACUGUAUCAACACAAGUAUAUUGGAAAACCUAGUCAUUAUAGCCGAGACAUUAUCUCAUGUAACCAUUCUGGUCGGAGUUUGUCAUCGAAUCCUUAAGCCUUUGAAGAGUCAGUGGAACAAAAAGAGUAAAAAGAAGAAAGGAGAACCACUGGAGUAUCCAUGUACGUUUGCGAGCUACAACCAACUGGUGGAGGGUUUAGACAAGGCAGCUAAGGAUCUCCACCAAGCAAUCAGGGACAUGGAUCCAGUGUUUCUAACCAUUGACUUGAGCAAGCUCAGCCUCACACAAAGUCUAUGUGAUAUAGAAGAAGACAGUGCUAUCGAGAGAGAUAUGUGGUGUAAGGUGGAAAAGAGCUACCAGGUAUCGGCGCGGGAAGUCACAGAAUUCCUCCACAACAAAAUGCAGUACCUGAGUACUCUACGAAUGUGAUAUGCAUAAUAUAAAGAUGUGGGUUAUUGUAUAGAGACAUGGGGACAAUCAGACAAAAGCCAGUACUAGUAACAGACUUGUGUCUGGUUAACAGUGGGGCGGUCUUGUAAAUGAUGAUUUCCUACCAGGCAGUUUUUUCUGGUAUUUGUACAUCCAUCAUUCUAUCAUGUACAGUAAUAGAGAAGUUAUACUAAGAAUUCCUGAUCUCUCUCUACUAUUGAGAUCGUAAUCGUUGUGUUAAUUCUGAAUACCAAUUUUGUAACUGAAGUGAGUUCUCCUCUAUAUUGUGUUUGUGUGUGUUAACCAAGUGUCAACCAGCUGGUUGACGUCAGUAUGUUACCACAGACAUUAUGUAAAUUAAUGCAUUUGUAUCAGGGAUAUUUUCAAAAAAAGUUAAUUUGUAAUUUAAUCUGUAUACUUGGUGAUUAAGAGGCUCAUACUAAUAAGAAAUAUGAAAAUAUAAGAUGAAUGUAAGUCAGAAUUUUGAUACCUAACCCUGAUGUUAUUGAUUAACUAUGGAAAAUGUGAAGACAAGAGAACUGUCAUUUAUCAACAGUUCAGUGUCACAUGGAAGCUUGUGUGUAUUUACUGGAAGCUUGUAUGUAUUUACCGACAGUUCUGUGUGAUAUGGAAGCUUGUAUGUAUUUACCGACAGUUGUGUGUGAUAUGGAAGCUUGUAUGUAUUUACCGACAGUUCUGUGUGAUACAGAAGCUUGUAUGUCUUUACCAGCAGUUCUGUAUGAUAUGGAAGCUUGUAUGUAUUUACCGACAUUUCUGUGUGAUAUGGAAGCUUGUAUGGAUUUACCGACAGUUCUGUGUGAUAUGGAAGCUUGUAUGUAUU